AAAAAAAAAAAAAAAAAGAGAUCUUACAACCUUAUCUUCUUUAAUAGAACCACAACCCUCGAAACCCUAAGAGAGAUUUUCCUCUCCCUUCUCUCUUUUGUCUCUCUCGCUCUAGAAUCCGCGAUUCCUGUCUCCAGAUCCUUCUCGUAAUUUCUCGAGUGAUGUUGGUGCUACCGAAAAGCAAUUCCAUUCAAAUUCGCGAGGUUUGGAAUGAAAAUCUGGAGGAAGAGUUCGCGUUGAUUCGUGAGAUUGUCGAUGAUUAUCCUUACGUUGCAAUGGACACCGAGUUCCCAGGGAUCGUCUUGCGUCCCGUGGGGAAUUUCAAGAACAGCUAUGACUACCAUUAUCAGACCUUGAAGGACAACGUUGAUAUGCUCAAGUUGAUUCAGUUAGGUCUCACAUUUUCAGAUGAGUACGGGAAUUUACCAACUUGUGGAACCGACAAGUAUUGCAUCUGGCAAUUCAACUUCCGUGAAUUUAAUGUCAAUGAGGAUGUCUUUGCUAAUGACUCUAUCGAGCUUUUGCACCAAAGUGGGAUUGACUUCAAGAAGAACAAUGAGAUGGGUAUUGAUGCAAGGAGGUUUGGGGAGCUUUUGAUGUCUUCAGGGAUUGUAUUGAAUGAUAGUGUGCAUUGGGUUACCUUUCAUAGUGGAUAUGAUUUUGGAUAUUUGCUCAAGCUCUUGACCUGUCAGAAUUUGCCUGAUACACAAGUUGGGUUCUUUAAUCUGAUCAAGAUGUAUUUUCCUACUCUUUACGACAUCAAGCACUUGAUGAAGUUCUGCAACAGCCUGCAUGGUGGUUUGAACAAGCUUGCUGAGUUGUUGGAAGUUGAAAGGGUUGGCAUUUCUCAUCAAGCAGGUUCUGAUAGUCUGCUCACAGCCUGCACUUUCAGGAAGCUGAAAGAAAAUUUCUUUAGCGGGUCUGUGGAGAAAUAUGCAGGCGUGUUGUAUGGGUUAGGCGUGGAGAAUGGACUAGUCCUUGUAAGUGAAAAAUAAUGAAUUUUUGCUCUUGGGAAAAACUAUUAUGCUCUUAAAGUUGUUUAUUUUACUGUACAUGUGUGCCCACAGACUUGCACUCUAUGUACACUUUGGGAACAACUUUCUUACAGUUAUGAAAUAUUUUUAUAUUAA